CUCCGUCUCCGCACACGUACUUUUCGCCGGCGAAGCAUACAUGGUCACCAUGGCGGCGGCCAAGCUCGCCGCCCUCCUGGCCGUGGCGGCACUCUCCGCCGUGGCGGGGGCAGCGGGUCCCCAGGAAGCCCACUGCUGGCAGUGCUACUCCUCCUGCAUGCAGCAGAAGUGCGGCGGCUACCGCAACCCCGCCGCCCACACAGCCGUGGACGACAACGGUGCAGCGGCCGCCUCCGUCCCCGUCAACUCCAUCGACGGUACCGCUGCCAUCGUGCACCCCACCGAUGGUGGUGCAGCCGUCCACGUCGCCGGCGGGUACGAGAGCUACUGCAAGUGCAACAAGGCGUGCAUCGUGGACUGCUACAAGGCCCUGCCGCCGGUAUGCUACCAGAUGUGCGUCUCCGAGACCUGCGUCAAGCUGCCGCCAUGUAAGCAGGCGGAAUGCUACAAAGCAUGCGGGGACAAAUGCUACCACAAGCAGCCGAGCCCGGGCCCGAAGCCACCAAGCCCGAAGCCGCCAGGCCCGAAGCCCACUCCGCCAAAGCCCGCACCUCCGAACCACGGUGGUUCACCGAAGCCCACACCUCCGAACCACGGUGGUUCACCGAAGCCCACACCUCCGAACCACGGUGGUUCACCGAAGCCCAAGCCGCCGAGGCCAACCCCGCCGAAGCGGCCGUGCCCUCCUCAUGCGCCCAAGCCUAAGCCCAAGCCCAAGCCCAAUCCGUGUCCGCCCAAGCCCAAGCCCAAGCCGCCAUGCCCAUGCCCGCCAGCGGCCGAUGUAUCCGCGUCGACCAACAACAGCAACAACUGAUGGGUGUACACUCAUCAAGCAGAGCUAGUGAUUAUGCUUGCUGGAUAUCGAUAUAGAUUAUUCUGUGAGGUUACUCUUCUAUAGAUAAGAAGUACAUCCAUCGGCUCUAACUAAGUUGGGUAUACUAUAGAUCAUGUGUACUCAAUAUCCGAUCUACUAUGUAUGUACGUAUUGUGUAAUGAAAUAAGUGUGAGAAUA